AUGAGCAGCGUUGAGGACUUCGCGGCUAUAUUCACCAGCCCGCGAAUGUUACGCAAUCUCCGUGGAGCCAGGGCUUUGGGUAUCGAUACGACGUUCAACGUUCUGCAUGCCAGAACCGUCCUUUGCGUUGUCUGCAAACUAACUAAGAAAGGAGCAGCAAAGCCUGUUGCACUCGCUCUACUACAGAGUGAAAGUGCCAUCUCGGUGAAGCACGUGCUUGAGCAGCUCAAGCAUGUAAGCACUCUUUUAGACUUCAAUGAACCUGAUCCAGCUGACAUGGUGAUGGAUGGCUCAUCAGCCCUUCAUCGUGCUGCUAUGGAUACUUACGGUGGAGCUGUACGCAUCAUCAGCUGUUAUUUCCAUGUGACACAGCAAGCCCGAAAGAUAAAGAUGGAGUGUGGCCUGCCGACAUAUCUAUGGAAAACAGUCAAAACGGAUAUUGAAGCCCUCGCAGACUCCUGGGAUCGCGAAGAAUGGCUUCGACUACGAGUAUUAUUCAUGGCAAAAUGGAGAGGUACUACAUAG